UUUGCACUUGGUUCUAAUUCCAUUAUGAGGAUUAGUGUUAGAUAUCAGUUACAGUAAUUUCUGGAGUUUGGGGACAUGAUCGAGUAUGUUGUCUUUUGUUGUUGGUGGUCCUUUCAAUUUGACAUCUUCUGAUCCACAUUUUAAUUCGGUUUCUUUUUUUGCACUUGGUUCUAAUUCCAUUAUGAGGAUUAGUCUUAGAUAUCAGUUACAGUAAUUUCUGGAGUAUGGGGACAUGAUCCAGUAUGUUGUGUUUUGUUGUUGGUGGUCCUUUCAAUUUGACAUUUGCUAAUCCGCAUUUUAAUUCAGUUUCAUCUUUUGCACUCGGUUCUAAUUCCAUUAUGAGGAUUAGUCUUAGAUAUCGGUUACAGUAAUUUCUGGGGUUUGGGGACAUGAUCGAGUACGUUGUGUUUUGUUGUUGGUGGUCCUUUCAAGCUGACAUUUGCUAAUCUGCAUUUAAAUUCGGUUUCAUCUUUUGCACUUGGUUCUAAUUCCAGUACGAGGAUUAGUAUUAGAUAUGGGUAGCAGCAGUUUCUGAAGGUUUAGGACAUGAUUGAGUAUGUUGCGUUUUGAUAUUGGUGAUCCUUUCAAGUUGACAUUUGCUAAUCUGCAUUUAAAUUCAGUUGGAUCUUUUGCAUUUGGUUCUAAUUCCAUUAUGAGGAUCGGUAUCAGAUAUUGGUUAGAGUAAUUUCUGGAGUUUGGGGACAUGAUUGAGAAUGUUGUGUUUUGUUAUUGGUGGUCCUUUCAAUUUGGCAUUUGCUAAUCCACAUUUAAAUUUGGUUUCAUAUUUUGUGCUUGGUUCUAAUUCCAUUAUGAGGAUUAGUCUUAGAUAUCGGUUACAGUAAUUUCUGGAGUUUGGGGACAUGAUCCAGUAUGUUGUGUUUUGUUGUUGGUGGUCCUUUCAAUUUGACAUUUGCUAUGCUAAUCCACAUUUAAAUUCAGUUUCAUCUUUUGUGCUUGGUUCUAAUUCCAUUAUGAGGAUUAGUCUUAGAUAUUGGUUACAGUAAUUACUGGAGUUUUGGGACAUGAUUGAGUGUGUUUCAUUUUGUUAUUGGUGAACAUUUCAAGGAGACAUUUGCUAAUCUGCAUUUAAAUUCAGUUUGUUCUUUUGCGCUUGGUUCUAAUUCCAUUACGAGGAUUAGUACUAGAUAUUGGUAACAGUAAUUUUUGGGACGUGAUUGAGUAUGUUGCAUUUUGUUAUUGGUGAUCCUUUCAAGUUGACAUUUGCUAACCCACGUUUAAAUUCGGUUUCAUCUUUUGCACUUGGUUCUAAUUCCAUUGUGAGGAUUAAUCUUAUAUAUUCGCAACAGUAAUUUCUGCAUCAAGUCCUUGUUCUACUUAGAGUGGAGUUGGACGAAAUAGUUUCUUUAAUCUCUCUCACAUGGUUUAUGGAAUUGUUUAUAUAUCUUGGAAGUGAAAAAAUCAGGGAGACUGAUUGAUUUACAACUUGGUGUAAAUGUGGAUUAUUUAAUUUGGCCCUUUUGCUGUGGAAUCUUUGGUUAGAAUGUUUCUAAUGUUUGUAUAUAAGUGUAUAUAAGUGUGUGUGCGUGUGAAAUCCCAGAGAGCAAUUUCACAGUAGAGUUCACUAGGAUCGAUGUGGAUCAUUAACCCAAGCCAUCGCGAGGACCGUUCAAUCCAUACGAGAACCAAACGAAACUGGUGGUGUCCAACGCGUUGCGGUGGUGGACUCGGCGAACUGGUGGAGCCGAACUGCCCCCGUUACCUGUCCUGGAUCACGGCGCGUGUUCGAGCUACCAUGCCCCUCGCACGCAGCCGGUGUGCAUCCGCCACGCGUCUCCUCGUUACCGUUUGCUUUUAUUAACCCUGACCCGAACGCUUCGUGCACCGCAUUGGUUCCUUCAAAAAGCUAUCGUCAUCAUCUUCGAUCAUGGCUUCGAUGUCGGCGAUGGGUUCUCCGUUGCCCAUAAGCCAUCUCCCCUCGUUGCUCCACUUGUUAUGAUGGUCUGCUUUGUGAUCUCUGUAGUUUUAUUGGAGGUCGGUUGCUCGUCAAAUGGGAUCGGGACGACGCCUGUCGACAAUGACCGUCCCCAACAUGAAGCCCAUGUCACCUGCAACUGCUGCUAGUAUGUCAGAUCAUCAUGGAAGUAAGCCCAGGGAGUCGAAGGCCGAGUUCACGCCGAUCGCGGUGGUGUUUGGGUUGGUAGUGGUGGCGCUGUCCAUCGGCGCCCACACCGCGAAGCAGCAACUGGUGCACUCGCCCAGCGUUUGGGUGAGCAAGAAGAAGCGGGAGUCCAUCCCGGAGGUGGAGAUGCCGGAUCAGGUGGUGGGCGAGGCCGGCCGCUUCGUCAACAAGUCCUUCCUCCGGAAGGUGGCUCACAUCCAAGACUUGGACGCCGCCCGAUCCGGCACCUCGGACCCUUUUUACACGCCACGAGCUACGGAGAGCUUAAAGUCUGUUGCGGUUAAUCCACGGGGCCAUUGAGCUCAUACCCUUAUCUUAUGCUUCUUCUGCAUUAUGGAUGUAUGCAUCGGCCCAUCUAUUUGUGUCUCCUUGGCAAGUAGAGAGAGGCUCUGUUUCUUUCCUUCUGUUGUCCUUGAAAUAACUCGAUCCGACUCAACCGUGAAUGGUUGUAUAUUGAUUUCAAAUUGAAAUAAAAUAAUUUCCCUUUUUGUACGUUGAUUUUA